AGAUCGGGGGGAAGCGGACGAUGCGGAGAGAAGAAAGAAGGGGCCGAAACAGCGCGACGGUAGAUCCCGGCUUGGCAGGCGGCGCGACGGAGCCUCCAGCGCUCGGUGUGUGCCGGGGCGCCGGCAGACCGCGAACUGCGGAGCGGCCCCCCCCGCCGCCGCCGCCGCCGCCCGCCCCCCGCGCCACGUCACUGCGGAGCCUCGGCGCUCGGUGCCGCCGGGGCACGGCGCGGCGGGGUGCGGGCGGUGGGCGACCGGGAGACGCGGAGGGGGAGCUGGCAGCUCCGCCACGGAGCGGGAGGGAGAUGCGAAGCGGGGGGAACCGGCCGCGGAGAUGCACGGAGGGAUACGCCGGGAAUGAUGUUACGUAUCGUGCGGCUGCCGGGCUGAGAGGGGCUGGGGAUUCAGGAGCACGAAGGAAAGCGGGGGGCGAGGGGAUGCCGGCAGCUUUCAAUGAAAUCUAAUUCAUAAAUUGGACGUGCGCGGACUCAGAAGACUAAUUCAUCCCCUAAAACAAACGCAUCAGUGAUUGCAGGCACCCAAACGUGACGAGCGUCUCAAUACGCCGAGGAUCCCGAGAAAACAAAUUCAUUCAGGAGCCCGAACCGUAAUCAAAACCGCUGCCAAGAAGAGGGAGCAGCGAGCAGGAUGUUACCAACGCUAUCAAGUUGCUGCGGGGCCGGGGCGAUACAUACAGAGAACGUCAGCGUUCGGAUAACGCGACGCACGGCGGAGUCCCGGAGGUCGCCGCCUCGGUAGCGCCGUGCUGCUCGGCAGGACCUGCCCGGGAGGGAGCGAUGUGGCGGCUGGGCAAACGCAGCAGCCCGCUUCUACUGCCAGCGCCUCGGCCGGACGCCGCUAAACACUCCGGAUUCUUCGGAUUAGUCGCUUGCCAGAGGGAGCGUGUUUAUUGAAUAGAGAAAGCACAACACGGCAAAACCGCUUAGAACGGAGGAGCAGCAAACACAGACAGGGUUUAAGGUGAAUGGAGAGGCAGGAGGGGGAGGGAACGCGCGUCUGGAUGGAGCUGGAAGGGAGCCCUGUUGCUCCGCACCCACCAGCAUCCUCCGGGCUGGAGGCGGUUACUGCGCACCUCGGAGGACGGAAAAGCGGCGGGCAAAUGAAAACGAGAAACGCUUGACAAAUAAAUCACUCGUUAACAGCUCUUACUUACAGUCCCUGUCCUAAAGAUGCGAUUUCACACUGAUCGAUGCACAAUGAUUAAAUAGCAUUUGCCAUAUUUCACGUAAUAAAAACACUUAAUCCUGA